AACUUUAAGGGGGCACUUGCUACUCUUAAUACAGUAGCCUACACUUUUUCCUGAGUUUUCCAGAUGUGCAAACGUAAAGCAGAUGUUUUGAACGAGCUUACCUCCUGCAGCUGAAAGUGGAAAGAAAAAAACCAUUGCGUUUCCCAACUGUCUUUCAGGUGACAGGGAGGGGUUCCGUUCACCUUCGAAGACGGAGCGCGUUCUUGACCCGCAGAAGCUGACUGGAUAUAAAAACCAGACGUUUCCAACAGCAGUCUUAGACUUUCUAAAGGGUUAGCUAGCGCCACACCACAGCCACAUCUCUAACCCAGAACGUAGAAUACAUCAAGCAAACAGACCUCAGCUACUCUUUGCACUGAGUAGAAGCUUCUAUACGGAAUGUAUCCACCUGUCGUUCACAAAGACGCAAAAAGAAUAAGGAUGGUUGAAGUGUGCUUUUCGUUUUUGCUGCUGUUGUGCAUCGCCAGCGGAGCAAGUGCAGCCGCAAGAAUCGAUAAAUCCAACUCCUCAUCCUCAGCGAGUAAUUUCUCUGACCUCGGCGGCAACGUGGAUCACCGGACGGAGCAGGCGACUGUCGCCAAGACCAGACGGAGGCGUUACAUUUCCCAAAACGACAUGAUUGAGAUUCUAGAUUAUCACAACCAAGUUCGAGCAAACGUUUUCCCGCCUGCCUCAAACAUGGAGUACAUGGUGUGGGACGAGGGUCUGGCGCAAUCAGCCGAGGCCUGGGCUGCCACCUGCAUCUGGGAUCACGGACCACAGCAUCUCCUGAGAUUCCUGGGUCAGAACCUCUCUGUCCGGACAGGACGGUACCAGUCCAUCCUUCAGCUGGUGAAACCGUGGUACGAUGAGGUCAGGGACUAUGUUUUCCCGUACCCUCGGGACUGCAACCCCCAGUGUCCUUUGCGGUGCUAUGGACCAAUGUGCACGCACUACACGCAGAUGGUGUGGGCAACGUCAAACAGAGUUGGCUGUGCAGUUCAUACCUGCCAUAAUAUGUAUGUGUGGGGCGCGGUUUGGAGGAGGGCAACUUACCUCGUGUGCAAUUACUCUCCAAAAGGGAACUGGAUUGGAGAGGCUCCUUACAGAGUUGGCGUUCCCUGCUCUGAGUGCCCUUCCAGCUAUGGGGGCUCAUGCAGCAACAACAUGUGCUUUCCUGCAGUGACCUCAAACUACCUGUACUGGUUCAAAUAAACAUCGCCUACAUGCAGUGCAUCCACCACUGACCUGCCAGAAAAAUGUCUGUUAAAGGACUGUCCGUAUAGGAAACGGGCGAGCACUGUUGUGCUGAAUGGCCUGUCCUCGUCAUUAUGUUAUGGUAUGUUAUGUUACGUUAUGUUAUGUCAUGUAAGAUUGACGAUUUAAGCUAUGUGCAGAUUUUGAGAUGAAGCAAAUAGACAACAGUAAUGCCUUUUCACUCUUUUUAAAAAUGUAUGUACCAUGAUAAUAUAUAAUAAGAUAUAUAAGUAAUAUUUUUAUAAUAAUUUCCCUUACAUAGUAUGUUUCAUUAUGUUGGUAGAGGACAAAGACGUAAGUUAAAAAUGACGUGUAAAGUACUGAAAAUGGUGCUAAUGUCUUAUGGCUAUGUGAAAUUUUGUACUUACUUUUGUACUUUUGUUACAGCGACUGUAAUAUUGGUGCUUUGGGAAGAUGAUCAUUUCAGUGUGAUGCUAAAAUAUACAUUUUAUUGGUAAAUUAGCAAACAUGGGUUAAACAGCAGUGACAGCUGCAUGCUUUCACUAUUUUGCCCUGUUACCAGUACAUCAUGGUAUCCAGCAGAGCAGUAAUAAGCAAAUUAAUUCCAUUUAUAUAGCUCCUUUUGAGCAGUUUAAAGAUCUGAAAGUGCUUUAAGGACAGGGUAACCCUCAUCUACCAUUACCAAUAAGUGGCCUAGACGAGGGGAUGCACAAUUUAAACCUUGUGGCAAAACCAUCACUAUUGGUACAAUAUUUGUUGAACAGGAUGACUGUGGAGACACACUGAAGAUCACAUCUCUCAUGGUUUACUCAUUUAUAAUAGUAGCCACUACUAUAACGUGUGACACUUUGAAUUACUGUACAUGAACUUUAAACUAAAACCGUCUCUAAUUUGAGCUUGCUUGAAGGAGACCGUUACCUGGCGUAGCACUGUCAGCAUGUACUGUAUAAAGAGAACGUGGUAUAGUGCAGUUAUAAGCUAACAGUCAUGAUUUUUUCUGUAAUCAUGUCCUUAAAUUCGACAAAGGUAAUGACAUCUGGUAAGAUACCUGAUAAACUUUUAAUGUUCCUGUGCAGCAAAGAUCUAAGUGUUUAUUCAUGCAAUGCAGUAUUUUGACUGUUUAAUGUGGAUAUCAUAAGAUAAGAUAUGACAGUGUAUGUAUGAAAUAUAAUUCAGCUGAUUCAGUUCAUCUCUGGCAAGAUCAAAGCAGUAAACGUAUAUUGAGUUUUCUUUUAUUGCACCUUAUUUAUUUGUGCCUUGUCAAGGAAACAAAUCUAUAAAAGUAUAAGUCAUCCUUUUAAAAUGUAACAUGUUUAUGAUAUUGUAGACAGAAGAUGGAGCCAGCUGCUUUAACAAAAUCAGUGUUAAUAUUUUAUGAUGACAUUGAAGUCUGGUGAGAGAAAUGUCACUAUUUGCUAAUUAACACAUGGGUGGUGGUUUCCUAUUUAAAUCAGCUGCAGAACUCAAAUAUUUUACAAGCCUAUAACAUGUUUUUGUUAUCUGAAAGAAAUAAGCUGGUGUACAAAAAGCUUUAUUGUGCAGAAAAUAGAACUUCAGAACCAUUUGAUAUGCACUGAAUGUUUCAAUUUAGACAACUUUAUUUAGUAUUUUUUAUAAUGAAGGUGCUUGUAUGUAACCAGGUUUAAU